UCCUGUUCCUCUUCUGACUCUGAACUGCUGCCCAUCACCUUUACUUAUAUCUCAGCAGAACCGUAUAAUCCUUUAUAUCCCUGCACUCAGUCUCCAUUGCUUUCUGUGAAACUUCAAGGCCUUAAUCUCCUUGAAUAUAUCCAUCUUUAACAAAAAUGUCCAUUGUUGCAGAAGCACCUGGAUACCUCCAAGUCUUUUCUGAUGGUUCUGUAAAACGGUUUGCCUCAGAAACAGUCCCUGACUCAGCGGAAUCAUAUUCCGAUGGAUUCAAGUUCAAGGAUGUGCUGAUUGACUCAUCGAAGCCAAUAACCGCGAGGUUGUUCGUUCCUGAUACUCAAGGGUCUGUGAGUCAGCUUCCAGUUGUGGUUUAUUUUCAUGGUGGUGGCUUUUGUAUUUGCUCAACCACCUGGCUUGGAUUCCAUCACUUCCUUGGAGACUUCUCCGUUGCAUCCCAGUCCAUUGUCCUUUCCGUUGACUAUCGUUUGGCACCGGAGAAUCGCCUUCCGAUUGCUUACGAUGAUUGUUUCCGCUCACUUGAAUGGCUAAGUAACAAUGUGAGUUCUGAACCUUGGCUUAAGCAGUCUGAUCUUUCUCGAGUGUUUCUAUCCGGAGACAGUGCUGGAGGGAACAUUACACACCAGGUUGCUAUCAGGGCAGUAAGGAGUAAAACCUAUCAGGUUGAAAUCAAAGGAUUGAUGUUGAUUCAUCCUUAUUUUGGAAGUGAGAAAAGGACUAAGAAAGAGAUGUCUGAAGGGGCACCAGGAGACGUGGCGAUGAAUGACAUGUUCUGGGGUCUAAGUAUACCAGAAGGGUCUAACCGAGAUUACUUUGGAUGUAACUUCGAGAUGCAAGAUGUAUCUGCAGCUGAAUGGAGUGCUUUUCCAGCAGUGGCGGUUUAUGUGGCUGGCUUGGAUUUCUUGAAUGAAAGGGGAGUGAUGUAUGCACAGUUUCUGGCAAAGAAAGGGGUCAAAGAAGUGACACUGGUGGAAGCUGAGGGGCAAAAUCAUGUCUUUCAUGUGUUUUAUCCCAAAUCUGAGGCAACUCUCGUUCUUCAACAACAGAUGAGUGAGUUUAUGAAGAUCCAUUAGCAUCUCAGGAGUCUUUCAUAUAGAUCACAGGUGCCUGCUUCCAGUUUGCUAAAUCAUAGAAAUUGACAAAAUGUUAGUAGGAAGGAUCUCUAGCUCUGAUAUUAUAAUAAAUAAAGAUUGAAAUAAAUAUUCUCAAUGAA